AUGACAGCUAAUACAAUUGAAAAAUAUUAUGAUAUUUGGGCAUUAAGAACUUUAUCAGAAACAAUACUUAAUUACGAUGUGUUGCAUCGAAUAUGGUCACUGGAAACUAUUGGUAUUUACUGUAAAGCUUCGUUAGUAAAAAACAUACUUAAUAUCCAUGAAAAACCAUUUUCAAUUAAACGAGGCCUUUUAGAAGUUCGUUCAGCGUUUGGUGGUGCUGGAUUAUAUAAAAUGGAUUCAACUAAAAAUUGCUAUUAUUCUGGUGCAAAUCGUACAUGUGAACAUGUUCCAUUUCACUUAUGCAUGCGAGAAAAAAAUCAAGCAAGAAUAUUUAUUAAUCCAAAAUUUAUACAUAGACGAUUACACAAUAUCAAAUAA